UCGUGAACAUUGACUAUGAACUGGCUACAGAAUUGAUUCUUAACCAUACUGAACAAAACCUGCGUAAAGACUCAUACGGAUAUUAUCUGGACUGUCAGCAAUUACUGGAAGUUGUAAUAAUUGAGCUGGAUACUUCAAGUUUACAAGCUACUAUUGUCGAGUGUUAUGUCAGUGAUGUACCACGAGCGACCUCAUUGGGGAUGUCUAGCUGUAACAUUGAUAGCGUCACAAAAACCCGUAUUCCUGGCAAAAUAUACCUCAGGAGGACACGAGGUCGAUUUUUCAGGUUUAACUUCGAUAAAAAGAUAUACGGGAACGUGUCGUAUAAGAUAUUUAUAUCAAGUAUAGACGCACAAAACGGUGAGCCAUGUUUUGAAAGUAUUGAUGUACAAGAGACCCAGGUAUCCGGCAGUUAUGUUUCAUAUUCUCGAGUGAAACGUCUAUUUGUUAAGAAUCAUAAAUCGAGGUACACGAUCAGACCCACGAUCAGACCCCCGAUCAGGCCCACGAUCACGAUCAGGCCCACGAUCAGGCCCACGGUCAAGCCUAUAGAUGAGGUCCAAGAUAAGGUCCAAGAUGAGGUCCAAGAGGUGGUCCAAGAUGAGAGGUCAAAGAUUAUUUGUUGGGUUCAGGACUUAACAGACCUGACACCUUGGAUACUGGUGGAUCUUAUUUCAUUAACAAAAAUAGAAGGAGUUGGUGUAUCCUUAUCCAAAGAUUUUGAUGGAUGGAGCACUUUCAGUUUAUAUUUUGGCGCGGAUAAGGAUCGCCUCAAGGAAUACAAGGACAGGGAAUUUCGAAUUUUCCCCCGAAGUUUAAAUACAACAGAACAGACAUUUACUUUUCCUAGUCCAAUUAAAGCCAGAUACGUAAAAUUCAAUGAAAUACUUGCAAAUCCAACACAUAAACAACGAUGCUUAAGUUUUAUGUUUUACGGUUGUAAAUUGACAAGUAUCAUUGACCAAACCAGCAGCAGUUCAUCUGAAAUGCUCCCUCUUGAUCAAGAAUUGCGAUCCGGAAACUCAUCUUUCAUUAGCAAUACAGGUGUUGAGGGAUGUAAACAUCUUUGUAAAUCUAAAAAAGGUUGUAGUGUUGCCAGUAUCAAUGAAAAGGGACUUUGUUAUCACUAUAUGGGUAGUAAACUUGGAAUAUGGAAAAGUCAUAAAAUUACAAAAGGCAGUCAGUGGUUUGUCAAGCUACAAAACAAUGUAUUUACGGUAUCCUUUCCGAGGGCUUACCAAAAAGAGUCGUUUUUUCGAAGCGUACAGUACAUAGAUAGAGCCUCUAUAGUAACAUCUCUCAGUUACCCUCUAACGGCAAUGUUAGACUAUGACAUACUAUGGAUUGUUAAUUUUGUACCAGGACGGUUUGCCAAAUUUGUUUUCACAAAUGUUUCACUAUCUGAGUGUGAACUCAUUGUUAAAACAUCGAAAGAUAGUUAUAAAGGAUUUAGCAUUGACGCGCAGUACAACGAUAGGGUAUUUGUAUUAGAAACAGAUAAAAACUUGUUGUUCUUAUCAGCAAUGCCAAAAACAACGAUGUCGACACCAAAGAUAAAAUUCCGGGCAAUUGUAACUGCUGAGGACACUCCAGCCUGCUUUUCACUAGAUUUAAAUGGACUCUCUAAUAUUAGACAAGAACUGUGCAAUACACCAAGUAUGUUUCUUACAUCCCUUUCUUAUUUGAAUCACCUGUUAAAGUCGGAAGAGUUCGCAAUUCAAGCCGGAAAACAUCAAAACAUUGAAAUCACCUUCAUCGAUUUCUGCAUUGCGUGUUUUAGAUAUAUAGGCUUAGACGAAUCAAGAUCAUACUUCUGGAUAGAAGACCUUGGUGAAAACGUCGAAAUUUGCUCUACGUAUCAACCACCACAGACAUACAAAUCAAGAGGUUCAAAAAUUUAUUUGCAUUACAAACCCGUUGAAGAUCCAAAAAUAAGUUAUAUUGGCAAAAGGGUAGAGGGCAUUGAAGGAUUUCGGCUGCAAUAUAAAAUAUCAGAGCAUUCGUUUGAAAAGUAUACUACUGAGGUGAAAGGAAUUGAUUCAGCAGGUUUAGCAGCUUGUGCAAGGUUUUUCAAAAAGUGCUACUUCAUAUUAUCUGAAAAAGUUUCAUGGAAUUAUGCCAGCAAUAAAUGUCUUGAGCGCAAUGAACAUCUUGUCACUAUAACAUCAAAAAAAGAAAUGAAUUACAUCCAGUACUUACUUCGCAGUCUACUAUACAAACAACGUGCGAUGCUGAUGCAUGGAGUAAAUGAACAUAUUAAUCCUGGAGCAUUUAUUGGUUUACGGCGAGUAAAAGAGAAAAGAAGGAGGACGAGUUUUAACUGGAUUAAUGAUCUCAACGUUACUUUCAGUGCUUGGGGAAUUGGACAACCUGCAACUGGAGAUUGUACUUAUAUGUCAUUCGAGCUUUUCAACACUGAAAAACUUUGGUCGACAGUAGAUUGUUUUGAUGACUUUGUCGAUUUUUUCAUCUGCGAGAAACCAUUUUCUGAAGAUGCGCUUCACACAAAAACCGUUAUCAUGGAAAAUGAAUGUACAAGUAUAUAUAGGAAAGAAGAUUUCAUUGUCUCACCAUACUCUGGUAAAACUUGUAAAAGUUGGGAAAACCUGUCCGGCGAAGCUAAAAUUGAUUUUGACAAGAAGUUUUCUUCUUUGAAAACUUCUUUAAACGAUUCGACAUUGUGUAAAGAUUUAUCUUCAAAUGGUAUUCCUUGGUGUUAUGUGAAUGACCCGGGCAGAUCUUUGCGGGAGCCGUGCUUCUUGAAUGGCAAGUUAUUUCUGUUUUGA